GGAAGAGUAUGUUCAUCAUGCCCGGUACCAGGUCACAGUCCCAGAGCCAGAAGACUAUAGACUUUCCAAAGCGAAAAUCAGUUAGGACACUUCAGAAAUCAUUGGAGAAAAAGAAGGGUUCCCAUCUAGAUUCAGCAACAUUACCAGUCUCUUUGUCAUAUUCGCCAAAACAGGUCUUGCCUCUCAGUCCCCGCAAACGCAUAGGUGAUGACAAUCUCUGCAAUGUUGCCCACUUGUUACCUUGUACCCCAACUAAACAGAGUAAAAAAGAAAACAGCUUUCCAGCAACUUCCCCCAGGGUCCGGACUUUACUCUUCAGUGAACAUUCAGUCUCCAGGACUCCCACCAAGUGCAGCAGUUUGGUUCAGUCUCCAGUACAAAGGAGCCAAGAAACACCUACUACUAUGCAGUGUUACUCUCUUAAAAAACAGCGAGUACGAACUCAACUGUUUAAGCCAGAAGGCACCUGUUAUCAGCAGGCAAAGAGUCUUCUUCAUACAGCUGUUCCAGACCAAUUGCUUGCAAGGGAAAAAGAAUCAGGUGUCCUGCAACAAUUCCUCUUGGAACAUGUCUGCAGGAAGAGGCCUGGAAGUCUUUAUAUAUCUGGAGCCCCUGGCACUGGGAAAACUGCUUGCCUCAACAGAGCCUUGCUGGAUUUGAAGACAGAACUCACUGGGAUUCAGAUCACAGUCUUAAAUUGCAUGGCCUUAAGGAGCUCCCAAGCUGUCUUCCCAGCAAUUGCUGAACAGUUGGGCCUGGCUGGAGCUGCCAAAGCAGCCAAAGGUGAUGUCAUCAGAAAGCUGGAGAAACGGUUGACAUCAGAAAGUGCAUCGAUGGCUUUGGUUGUAUUAGAUGAGAUGGAUCAGUUGGAUAGCAAGGGACAAGAUGUUCUCUAUACAAUAUUUGAGUGGCCUUCCCUUCCCAACUCUCGGCUCAUUCUCAUUGGAAUAGCUAAUGCUUUGGAUCUCACUGAUCGCAUCCUACCUCGCCUGCAGACCCGACCUAUGUGCAGGCCACAGCUGCUAAACUUUCCCCCAUACAGCAAAGAUCAGCUGGCUUCUAUUCUCCAGGAACGCUUGAAGAAGGUGUCAGGGGAGCAGGUGUUGGACAACGCUGCUAUCCAGUUCUGUGCUAGAAAAGUCUCUGCCUUCUCUGGGGAUGCCCGCAAAGCACUGGACAUCUGCAGGAGGGCCGUUGAAAUUGUGGAGUCAGAUGUGAAGACCCAAGCUAUACUUAAACAAAUGCCUGCCUCUGAUUCCAGUCCUGUGUCCUCAAUCAAAUCUCAUUCCAAACCAGCUGCAGACUCUGCAGUGCCCAAACAAGUGGGCCUGCGUCAUGUCUCCCAAGUGAUCUCUGAUGUAUAUGGUGACCGGAUGGCAACCGGUAACAGUUACGGUGAUGCUUCUUCCUUCCCACUACAACAAAAGAUUUUAGUCUGUUCUCUGUUGCUCUUAGCCAAGCAACAGAAUAUCAAAGAAAUUAACCUAGGAAAGCUGCAUGAAGCUUACAGCAGAAUUUGUCAGAAACAGAAAGUAGGACCUGUUGGCCAAUCGGAAUGCCUCUCACUCUCAGCUCUUUUGGAAUCAAGGGGCAUUGUAGGACUCAAAAAGGCUAAAGAAGCACGGCUGUCUAAGGUCUUUCUGAAAAUAGAAGAGAAGGAUGUGGAACAUGCUCUCAAAGAUGGAAUCUUGGUUGGAAGCAUUUUGGCUGGGGGACUUUAA